AUGGGUGAUAUGCAGAAGAUGAUGAUAGACCAGCAGAAGUUGAUAGCAGAUAAUCAGAAUCGCGAUUUGGCUGUGCGGAAUUUAGAGAGGCAGCUGGGACAGAUAGCUGGUGCACAAAAUACUAGACUGCCUGGAGGACUUCCAAGUGAUACAGAUGUGAAUCCCAAGCAUUGUAAUGUUAUGACUCUUCGAAAUGGGAGAGAACUAGAGGAAGUGGCUCCGAAGAAAACCAGUCGAGUAGAAGCUGAAAAAGAGAAGAUUACCGAGGAGAUGAUUGAAGAAGAGAGGGUAGUCAAGACACCAGUGACAAAGCAGCCACAGCCCGUGGUUGCAAAGCCACCACCUCCAUUCCCUCAACGUCUGGCAAGGCAGAAAGAAGAGGCGACUUACAAUAAGUUUCUUUAUUUGCUUAAGCAGGUACACGUGAAUGUCCCAUUGGUUGAUAUGCUGCAGGGUAUUCCAAAGUAUGCUAAGUACAUCAAAGAUAUUGUUGCAAACAAAAUCCGAUUCGCAGAGUAUGCCACCGUUGCACUUACUGAGGAGUGCACUUCGCGGAUUCAAAACAGGUUGCCCACUAAAUUGAAAGAUCCCGGAAGUUUCAUCAUUGAGAUUUCUAUUGGGAAGCAGGUUGUUGCUCGAGCACUAUGUGAUCUUGGUGCAAGUGGUGGUAUAAAUGACGCCGCUUUUCUAAUGUUCAUAUUGGAGGUAGAAAUAUUUGACGUCUGGGGCAUUGAUUUUAUGGGUCCCUUCCCACCAUCCUUCGGUAACAAGUACAUUCUGCUUGCUGUCGACUAUGUUUCAAAAUGGGUAGAGGCAGUGCCUUUCCCAACCAAUGAUGCGAAGGUGGUGGUAAAUUUUGUGCUAAAGAACAUAUUCGCAAGGUUUAGAACCCCGCAAGAAAUGAUUAGUGAUGGUGGUGCUCACUUCUGCAACAGCUUGUUGAAGAACCUUCUAGCAAAGUAUGGGGUGAAGCAUAAAGUCUCUACAGCUUACCACCCACAGACAUGCGGACAGGUAGAGGUCUCGAAUAGAGAAGUGAAGCAAAUCCUAGAGAAGACCGUGAAUGCUCAGAGGAAGAACUGGGCAAUGAAGUUGGAUGACGCCUUGUGGGCGUAUCGCACAGCAUAUAAAACACCCAUCGGAGUGUCUCCUUACAGGUUAGUUUAUGGGAAAGCGUGUCAUCUGCCGGUUGAAUUAGAGCAUAAAUCAUAUUGGGCAACAAAAAAGCUCAAUCUUGAUAUGAAUCUAGCGGGAGAGAAGAGAUUGCUCUAA